AUGUCUGAAUAUAUUGAAGACAAAGAUACUGAAGCGGUUUUAUUAAAACCAAUACAACAUCAUAUUAUAGUAUCAUAUCAUGCAUUUUAUGAUAUAUUACUGAUUGAAAAAUAUGAAUUUGAAAAUUUUCCUAAGCCAAUCGCAAAUGUUGAAGAGUUUCAAUAUUGGAUGGCUAAAGAGUUAUCGUUAGAUUAUGAUCAAUCAUAG